AUGUGGUCGUGGACCAGCGGCAUCAACCUCACCUGGGAACCUGUUAGAAAUGCAAAUUCUCUUGGCCCCACCCAGACCUUCUCCAUCGGGAACUAUGGAGGACCGCGGGCGCCCCUGCUUCGCAGGGCCCGGCCCCGCCCCGCCCCGCCCGACGCCGUGAACCGCAGCAGCGCCAGCAGCGCGGCCGAAAAGGCGGCAGCACCCCUGCUGUGGGGCUGCGAGCUAAACCAGGAGAAGAGGACGUGGACCUUCAAACCCCAGAGGGAGGGGAAGCAGGACUGCAAGCUGUCGCUUAGUACGAUUUGUUUGGGGGAGAACGCCAAAGAGGAGGUGAACCGCGUGGAGAUCCUGCCCCCAGCAAGACAGGAAGACAAGAAGACAAAGCCCGUCACCAUUGCCUCACUUCAGGCCUCGGUCCUACCCAUGGUCGUCCUGAUGGGACUGGAGCUUUCUCCUCCAGUCACUUUUCAGCUCCGGGCUGGCUCUGGACCCGUGUUCCUCAGUGGCCAGGAAUGUUAUGACACUUCAGACCUACCCUGGGAAGAGGAAGAGGAGGAGGAGGCAGCGGAGGAUGACGAUGAUGAUGACGACGAUGAUGACGACGACGAUGAUGAUGCAGAUGUGCCCCUAGAGGCGGAGACCCCUGUGAAACAAGGCAAGAGGCUGGUGCCCCCGAAGCUGAUGAGCAUUGCCAAGACCCAGUCUUCAAGAAAAGAGCCCUGUGAGAAAGGCCAAACCCGCACUCAGACCUAAGAAGCCGGGAUCCAAGAAGUGAGGAGCCAUGAGCGGCCUGACCGCAGUGACUAGGCGAGGCCCUGUGAGACCGCCUUGCAGAGUGGGCCUUCCUCUGGUGUGCUGUGGACCCAGGGCACCCCCCGCUUCCAUCUGAGUCUGAAUGUGAUGCAGGUGUUGGGGGACAACACAGGAGCCCCUCACUCCACCUCUCCAGUUUCAGCAGGACCUGGAGGGAAGAGCCCCGGCCUCAGGGCCACAAUAAAGUGCGCUGUGCCAGGACCUUGUUUCCGCGUCUUUUC